CUAGGUCUAAAUCGGAUUUGGGGGAAAAUUGGCGAAGGUACGCUAAGGUUCGUUCAUCCCUCUAUUUACUCACUCAAACGCCAAAUUAGUUAUUGCAAUUUCAUAUUCAUCUUGUGGAUUUUCGUUUCAUGUGUCGGUUUCGUUUUGCUUUUUUUUUAGUAGUAUUGAAUUGAAUUGCAAGUCGUAGAUAUAUACGCGAGCAGAGCAGUUUCUACAAAUAGUUGCGUUUUGUGAAAUUUCAGUCGAAUGUAACGAGACGAGCUAAUAGGUUACCUACUUUGUUUCUUAUGGAUAUUAUUUGUGGGGGAUUUCACGAGUAGGUUCGAGGUUUAACGAAUGUCAGAAAUUAAUGAUAUAUUUGGGGGAAAGUAAUCUUACGGUUCUGCAAGAGUUGUGGUGGGAUCAGUUGAUGAUAUGGACUAAAACGAUGUCCUUUCCAUGCCUCAAGUUCUAUGCUUUUGAAUGAUGUAGUAGUCUUUAUGUGAAUUCCCUGUUGUAGAUGUCCUUGCCAUUUUGUGUGGUUAGGUUUCUACCGAAAUCAUUUUAUGUCAUCGACGUUAGCAUUAUAAUGUUUUGCUUUUCUUCUAUGGUGUGCAACUUGCAAGUGGGGAAGUGUAUUAGCAACAUCAUUGGGUCCUGGAACAAAGUUGAACUAAGUUAACGUUGGAAGUUAAUGUGUUGGGUAUUUUGGUUGGGCUUUGCUCGUUUGAACCUCUUUUAUGUGUUAUUUACUUGAUUUCUUCUAUUUUUCUUCAUUUCAUUGUGAUCUCUCAAUAUGUAUGCAUCUUUUGAUUUAGAUAUGCUAUAGAUACCUUGUAUUGCCUGAUUUAUUUAACUGUUGUUGAUUCGCCUGAAAGGGACUGCACAAGUUGAUUAACGAUCCAUGGCAAAUCUGGUAGCCAGGGCACAUAUUAUGAAAAAAGUAGACUGUAACUUGUAUGGUUCAUGUGUAUAUUUUCAUCUUUUAUUCAAAUAUCUACACUGAUGAUGACAAGGAAAACGGCAAGAAUCUACAAACCAAACACUCGAUAUGACAACAAGGCCUCCAGGAUGACAAAGCUGUGUACCAUGGUUGCUCUUAGGCAUCCUAUUUACUUGCUCUGCUACCCCUACAUCAGGCAGAUAUGUCUUUUUUGCUUAGGCAACACCUAUGGCAGAAGGAACUACAUUUUUUUGAUGACUUAUUCGAAUGUAUAUGACGACUCCUCCGUAUGAAAAUUAAUCACAUGGUUCUGUUAUGACAUCUGUAUCCAAUAUCAUGAACCAAUUAUCUUCAAUUGCAGAAUUGACUAUUCAAGUCAAUCAAACUUGUUUAAUGACUGAACGUCUAAGAAUGCAUAUUGCUGUUAACUUUGUUUUAUUUUGUCUGUUCUAUUACUUCAUCUAAAUGAUUCCACUUCCCAUUUGUAAUUGUGUUCAGCUACAAUUUUAUAAUAUAUAGUAACCCAUGUGGAUUCCAAUACCUGAACUCCAUUCUGUUUACCAUUAUAUUAGGUUGAAAAUGCCUCGCUAUGAUGAUCGGUAUGGUACAACUCGUCUAUAUGUUGGUCGUUUGUCCUCUCGGACACGCUCUCGUGAUUUGGAGUACCUUUUCAGCAAAUAUGGAAGAGUACGAGAUGUGGAUAUGAAGCAUGACUUUGCAUUUGUUGAAUUUAGCGAUCCUCGUGAUGCUGAUGAUGCAAGAUAUAGCUUGAAUGGCAGAGACUUAAAUGGCAGUCGGCUUCUUGUGGAAUUUGCGAAGGGUACUCCACGUGGACCCGGUGGUUCUAGAGAAUAUGUGGGAAGAGGCCCUCCUCCUGGGUCAGGCCGCUGUUUCAACUGUGGGCUUGAUGGUCACUGGGCUCGAGACUGCAAAGCUGGUGACUGGAAGAACAAAUGUUAUCGCUGUGGUGAAAGGGGCCACAUUGAGAGAAACUGCCAAAAUAGUCCAAAAAAGCUCAAACGUGGUCGGAGCUACUCAAGGUCACCAGUGCGAUCGCGCUCUCCCCGUCGUCGUCGAAACCGGAGUCCAAGUUACAGCAGAAGCCCCAGCUACAGUCGUUCCCGAUCUCCUGCAAAGAAAGAACGCUUUGUGGAGCGUGAACGGAGAACAAAGAGCCCCCGCUACUCUAGGAGUCCAAGCCGCAGCCCUGAGCCACGUGACUCACCACCUCCGUCAACACUAAGGAAGCCAAGCCACAGCCCGGCUCCCAAUGAGGACCGAGUUAGCCCAUCUCCAGAGAGAGUUAAUUCAGAAUAUAGCAUAAGCCCACAGAGAGCAAAGAGCCAAAGUCCUGCAAGCAGCCCAGCUAAUGAUACUAGGUAUGAUAGCCCUUCUAAAGCCAAUGGUGGCAGCCGCAGCCCGAGCCAAAGCCCCAUCGGUGAUGAUGGUCCCGCAGCUGAGGGGAGCCCGGUUGACGACGAUGGCCCUGUGGCUCAUGGUAGCCCAGUUGAUGAAGAAGGUCCUGUUGUUGAAGGAAGUCCAGCCGAUGGUGACGAAGAGACUCGACAGGCCAGCGAGUGAAAAAACCAAGGUAUCUUUUAUUUAAGUUGUCGUAAGACCGUGAAAACCGAACAUGUUUGCUUUUGUGGUCGGGUGUUUUCUUGUUGAGGAACGGGUUAAAUGUUGGAAUGUUCACUUUCGUGUUUUAAACUUCUCCUGGUUUUGAACUUGGUACUGUUACUAUGAUCACAGGCGGUGCUAGAUGUCUUUGAUUUUA